AUGUUCUUCCAAAGCGCCCACGAGGAGAAAGACAAAGAGGUCUUGCUCCAUUUCAUCCGAGAAAACCCACUCGGGAUUUUGAUCACCGGAAUGAACUCCUCCCAGCAAGACUUCCUACAAUGCACCCAUGCUCCAUUUGUUGUGGAUUUCCCAGAGGAAUCAGGCAAGACGGAUCCCUACCUCCGCGCCCAUAUCGCCAAGCAGAACCCGCAAGUCAAAUCAAUGAUAGAAGCCGUGGAUAACCAGCCGCCGAACGUUCUCGAACUUGAACAGGACGUCUUAGUUCUCUUCAAUGGCAAGCAUGACCAUUACGUGACUCCGAAAUUUUACGUUGAGACAAAGCCCAGCACAGGGAAGGUUGUGCCUACAUGGAAUUACUCCGCCGUCCAAGCGUAUGGCAAGAUGUCGCUAUACUAUGACGCCAAGACACCAGAGACCGGGGUAUUCCUCGCAAAGCAACUGCAUGAUCUUUCGCAGCACACGGAGAAGUCGAUUAUGGGGUAUACUGGUGGCGAGAAACCGGAGCCAUGGAAGGUGUCGGAUGCGCCUGAGUCGUACACUGACCUCCUGAAGAAGAAUAUUGUUGGAAUAGAGAUUCGUAUCACCAAGCUUCAGGGGAAAUUCAAGAUGAGCCAGGAAAUGCGCCCUGGGGACCGUGAGGGUGUUAUUCAGGGAUUCGCGAAGCUAGGUGGUGAUACCGGCGUGGCGAUUUCGAAUUUGGUCAAAGAGCGAGGUGAAUUGCGUGAUGCGAAGAAGCGAGAUGUUUAA